AUGUUGGUUUCCCUGACCGUUGGGAAGGUUGAUGCUGGUGUCGCGGUCCUGCUCACUCAGGACAAGCGGCUGAUUGAGUUUCCCUCCAUACUUCUGCCCUCCACCAUCACAUCAGGCUCGAUCGUGGAUAUCGAGGUCAGGCAAAACCAUGAAGCAGAGCAGAAGUCACAGGCAGCUUUCGCUGCGCUACAGAGACAAAUAUUGAACACCUAUGGCCUGAAUGUUCCCGCGACACCAGUCCUGCGCCUACGAAAUGCCACGCAAACUUCCCUCGUCCUCGAAUGGGAUCCCAUCCAGUUAGCAACAACGACCCUACGCUCACUUGCCCUUUACCGCAAUGGAAGCAAAGCUGGAAAUAUACCCCGCCCUCUAGAGACUAUGAGCACCAAAAUGAGCGGGCUGGCGAUUGACACAGAAUACUCAUUCUAUUUGGUGCUCAAAACCAGCGGUGGUAUAUACACGAGCAAUACCCUUACUGUCAAGACUCACGCAAUGAACAACCUGACUGGUAUAACCGUUACUCCUGGGAUACUGCCUCCACAAUUGAGAGAAAGCCUCGAAGCAGCGAUCUCGCGUAUUGGCGCAAGGAUCAACGACACAGUCAAAAUCGACACCACCCAUUUCGUUUGCACAGAAGGCCGAGGUCGUGACUGGGAAAGGGCCAACGAGAUGAAUAUCCCCGUCGUCAGGCCUGAAUGGGUGGAAGGAUGCGAAAGAGAAGGCAAAAUUAUCGGAGUUCGUGGAUAUUAUCUGGAUGCGGAUCCCAAACAAAGACAAAUUGGUUCAAACCCGAGUCUCUCAACACCAGCAGGUCGACCUUCUACCACGGCACCAGCUGUACAGGUCCCUCAACAGACAAAUGUGUCUCAACGGCCCAAAGAACAACCUUCAAAGAGUCCCGAUCGAGAGAGCACUGUGAGCGGCGAACCAGGCCCUGAAGUUCUGCCUACGCCGCCACCGCAGAAAGAUCUCCCACCUACACCUGCCGAUGGUGGCGAAGAGGAAAGUGAAGAUGAAGAAGCCGAAGAGGAGGACGAAGAACCUACAAUAGCUGAACCAAAGGGCAAAGGAAAAGCCCUAGAGGUCGAGGCAGAACGAGAGGAAGAGGAGGAAGAGGAAGAGGGUGAAUCAGGUGGUUCCCAGCAACUGUCCAAAGCUGAAGGCAAAGAGGCCGAAAUGGAAGAUGUCACACUGUGA